AGAAAUCAUUUUCUUUUUUUCUUUUUUUGUUGGUGGAUACUAGAAAUCAUUUUGCUUUCCACUGUCAGCUUCUCGUCGAAGCAGAGGCCUAAGUAUCGCUACCUUCACUUUGAAACUGACUUGCUUGGACUAUUGUUUCUGGCUCUGCAUAUAAAUAUACAUGCAUAGACAUGCUUCUCUUUGUUCAGUGGCUUUUGAUUGUCUUCUUCUCUAGUUUACCAGGCCUCUUUCUUUAAAGCAAUUUUCAGUGUUUAUUACAAAGAGAAAAACAUUUCUUUUCCCCACUUAGGAGGCUAGCUUCUGAUUCCUAUUUUAGGAAGAGGAAUGAAAUUUAUGCUUCCUGUCAAAUUCAUCCUUAUCGUACAGUGACUGUAAAAGGUUGACAAGCAUGACACCACCUGAUGGAGGAAUAUUACAUCGUCCAACUGACAAGGAGUUGGCAUACAUUUUGCUGUGGAAGACUUUUCUUGGCUAUGAUGACCCAAGAGUCCCAGUGCUGAAUCUGUAUGAUUAUGAGCCCUGGGAAUUACCUCAGCACGGGGUGAAAACGGAUGACCGAGAAUGGUGCAUCAUAUGUCCGCGACAGGGAGAACGGGGAAACAGGUUAACAGAAGAAGGAUAUUGGAAAGUCACUGGUAACGAACACAAAAUUAAGGAUGGACAGGAAGAGAUUGGUACAAAAAGAAUCUUGAUUUUCUAUCGAGGUCGUACUCCCAAUGGGAAACUGACCGGGUGGAAGAUGCACCAAUAUAGUGCAGCUCUUAAUAUGUUUUCCCCAAACCAACAGGGGAUUUUUGUUCUCUGUAAGAUAAUCGACAAAUCGAAUGGAAGUGAAGGUAACAUGCCAAACUAUUAUGAGGAUGAACUGAGUAGCAGUAUGACAGUUUCUGGUGCGUAUCAGAUCCCUACCUAUUCAAGCUUUGAGUAUGGUGGAAUAAGUCAGUCUAUGAAUUCUGAGAAUAAAGCAAGAGAUGCUGCAACUCUACAACAGGUUGAUGCUGAACUAGAGCCAUAUCUGGAAACAUCCAAUGGCUGGGGUGAGCAGAAUCCUAGCUUUCAUUCUGCAUCAGAAUGGGAAAUGCAAGCAGAGCAACGCCUCUAUAAUGUUUUUAUUGGCGAUUUUCAGUUCUUAUCCGAGCCGGAAACAGAUCAGUGGUAGCUUAAAAAUAGAAGGGGCAGAUAUUCUGCAUCAAAAACUAUAGUCUGGGUCCUUGUGUUUUACGCUGCUCAGUCCAUUGACCUUUAAGUUCCUUCGACAGGAAUGAAUUUAAAAGGUCACCUGGGACUAAGCUGAGUUCAAGCACAUCAAUAAUAAGAUAGAGAGUGUGUUGUCAGUAUAAAAAUAGAGUGUCUCUGUGUGUGUGUAUGAUGCAUGUUUUAUGGUUUUCUGCUGUUCUUGUUGCUAUGUAAGACUGUAAAAGUGUGUGAUGCUAUCAGUAGUUUGCUCACACAAGCUUCCUUCAUGUGCCAAUGAAUCCUGUGUUAAGAAUGUGAUGAAAUGACAUUUCUUUA